AUGGUGCGGUUCAACCUCACCCAAAGCCACGAGGUGAGUCCCAAGCAGCGAUAUUCUGCCCUGCGCAUCUCAUGCUGCACAGGUGGCCUAACGCGGACUCGAUCGGUGCACAGGGGACCCCGCGUGGGGGUUCACCUGCCGACACGCCUACGCAAUCGAGGUGGUCCCCCACUACCAGGCCUGUGUCCGGCAAUCACGCUUCGUCACCGGCCAUGGACGCUUUGUCGCUCAAUCCCGAACUCGAACCGGGACAUUUUCCUCCAGAGAUCGUCUACCUCAUCAUCCAGCAUCUCUACUACAAGAUCCUGCCGCCGCCCGAGCCGUUCCCAUCGCCCGACCCGUACCUCCAUCUCUUGCCGCGAGAAAGCCUGUGGAUGCCGCCUCGCCUCGCCCCACCUCGUGCUGAGCAGCUGCGCGAAACGUUCCGCAACCUUGCGCUUGUGGACAAAACAUGGGGCGACGAGGCAACGAGGGCGCUCUGGCGCAAGAUAUCGUUCGGCUUCCCCAAGAGCUGGGAAGGCGUUCUGCGAGUCGUGGACGAGUACGAGCACGGUCAACGUAUGGACCGACGCAAGAAGGAUGAUCCGCUGGGCUCAGGUUGGAGCCUCAACUCGAUCGCAGGACUUGAAGUUAGCACCUCCAACGAGGACCGUGGACGCUCUGUUGUGCCGAACUGGACGAAUGACACCAAGUGGGCCAAAUCUGCCGGGCCCCUGGCGGACACCAUGAGCAAGCAUGGGAGAGAUGAUUCCUCUCACUCGUUCGAUACGACGACUGGUGAGCUCUUCAAAUCCCCCCCUCCGCUCGCAAUUGUGUCUUUUGCACCACUCACACCCUCGUGGCUUUGAAAACCACUUCCUCUUGCUAGGUGGCGACGAGAACGAAGCCCCCAUCUCGCUAAACGCGGCCGACUCGCCUUUACUCUACACCAAGACCAUCUCAUUCUCGAGAUUUAGAACUGCUGGGAUGAGUCGCUCGCUGAGGCAGGGCUCCCACGAGCGUUUCGUUACGCCCCAUCGCCUUCUCAAGCUACUGCGAGGAACUCGUUUGGGAAAGGGCCCCCUCGACUUCCCUGGCGCCGGUGACGACGAAGAAGAUAGCAUGACCAGCGGUUCGAACUAUGGAGACGAACGUAAGAUGAACGCUGACGAUCUCGACGAGUUCGGUGGUCCCGUAGGCAAAGUUAAGCAAACGGGCCGGCUCGAGGGCGUCGCCUUCACCGAGUUCAUGGAUAGCGCCCUCACCAAGGCCGUGCUCGACGAGUUGCUUUUCCGGGGAGGCUAUCUGGCCGAAUAUGAGGAAUCAGAAGAUUCGCACUCCCACCACGAAGGGUACUUCGACCACCUUGAGCCGGCAUCCAGUGAUGCCGGCCCGCCUCUCUUGUCCCCGUUCCCCUCGCCUUUCGUUGAAGCAGUUGCUGCCCCCUCAAUCCGCGAGCCGUUCCAAGCGCGGCACUUGCAGUCAUCGCAAUCGCGGUCACCCAUCGGGGCACGAAGGUCUUCACUCAGCUCGACCGUCAUCAGCGAGUCCGACUACCAAGAUGUAGCGAUGGAAGACGACGACAGCGACGAGGAAGAAGCUGUUUCCCAGCUUGGGGAAGGCCGACCCACUCGGCGACUCGAUCAUUCACCCGAGGUCCGAGGGCGAUCGCUGCCUCAGCGACUCCCGUUCCAGCGCCGUUCCUCCGGCGCGGCGUAUGAUCAUUCCCUCGUCGUAGAGCCGGGCACUGACGAGAUCGAAGAGCGUGGCCGCGAGCGUACCGGCCGAUCCGCCACUCUGUCGGGACGAGGUCGAUCACGCUUCAACCGAUCCCUUGUCCCGCCGUCCGCAUUUGCGUCGCGCUCGUCUUCGGUGCCUGCACCCUUCCACGAACGAGGUGCCACGCACUUACCCUUUUCCUCCCGGGUCCGCGGCACCUCGCUCGAUACCGAGCGCUCGAGCUCGGUGCCCGCUUCGGCCUCGGGUCGCCGCGGGCGAGGACAAGUCAAGGUCGUGCAGAUCCUCGAAGGAAGUAAACAAGUGAAGGCGAUCCGUGCGCUCGACCUGUGUGGCUGCAUCAGCACCGUGUUCGUCCGGGCCAUCGAGGAGUGCAUCGGCACGUACCGGCUUGGCCCGCCGUCUCUGCUGCCUUCGGCCACGUCUUCCAUCACGGCCAUCGAUGAGAAUGACGACUCGGAUGACAGCGAUUGGCAAGCCGAUGUUUCCAGCAGCCAUCUAUCGACCUCGUCGCUUCCGACCGCGCACAGCCACCGCCACGGACACAGCGUCGACAGGAAGCACCGCAAACUUCGUCGCAUUUAUUUCCCUCACUUUCGACGAUUGGGUCUGGCAUCUUCGCUGCUGCCGACGCAUCUGUUGACCUCAUUCGUCCUGUCGUUCCCUUACCUGACGCAUCUCGAUCUGGCUGGCACGCUCGCUUCUCCAGAAUUGCUUCAGGGGCUCGCGCUAGCUGGGCAGGCCGGUCCGGGUGGACGGAAGAUGCGGCUCAAAGCGCUCAACUUAGCCCGAUGCCGUCUCGUCACAGGCUCCGCGGUUUUGGGCUUGUUUUGCGGUGACUGUCCGCCGUUCACGUCGCACGCAGGCAUGGACGCUAAUGAGGCGUGGGGCUCCGGCGAAGUCGUCUCGGGUCUCGUCGAUUGUUCGCUGUAUGGAGAUGCGGCUCACACUUCCCCUUUGUCUCAUCCGGAAUUACGGCUCGUGUUGACGAUCUCGCCCGCUUUCACCUCGGGCCGAUUGAGAAUGCUCGACCUCUCGUCCACCCCGCUCACGGACGCACUGCUACUCGAACACUUCCCGCCUCAACCCCACUUGAUCGAACUCGGUCUUGCGGGAUGUCGCGCCAUUACGAUGCGCGGCGUAGCGCAGUUUUUGAUCGAGAAGGCACCCGGGGUCGAGGUUCUUGACCUUUCGAAUGCGGUACCGGGGGCACAAAUUGUCGCCCCUUCAUCCGCUCAACGUCGCGCAACUCUUUCGACCCCAAUGUUGAGCAUCUUCGAGCUACAUACCGUGCUGUUGCAAACGGUUGCCAGCGUGUCGGCGAAUCUUGGUGAGACGGAUGAGAACUGUCAGAUCCUGUUGGCUUUGCGCGAGACGAACUUGAGGGUGGUCGAAUUGGACGAGAAGGCUCUGGACGCCGUGCAAGGUGGGGCAGGCAACUGGAAGCCAAUAUGGGGCAAGGGCCGAAGAGGCUGGUAUGUCACACUUGCAUGACGUUUCAAAAAGGUUCGGAUUUGAGACGAGACGACUGACCCUAAGUCUCACUCCUUCGCUUGCGCAGGUAUGUCGAUGUCGCCACUUCGUCGGUGCUCGACCGGUCACCUAAGGCCAGAGGCCCUCGCAAACUCGUCCAUCUUCCACAAAAUGACCCUCAUCGUCAAGCCCUACUGCGCCUCUAUGAGCAGAAUGGCUCCGUUGCGACCGAGACGGGAUGGCAUGCGAGGAAGAUGGAAGUGAUUCGUGGCGAUGGAAUGAUGGGGCGCGAGGAGGGGCUUUACGCCUACCAAGCUUUCUCUGUUGUGAGUCACAUUUUCGUUGCUAUGCCUUUUUUAGAACUGCUCACGGCUGCAGCGACUGAAAUCUCUCAUCGCUGUGUCCUCAGUGAAAGUCGGACAAGUCGCUACUUCCUAUUCGCACCCAUCCGCAUCGCCCAUCGAACGCCACCGCUUGUACUAUAUGA